GUCCGAAAGAGAGGAUAAAAAACGUUGGAGAUUACUACAAAAAAGCCCUUCUCUCUCUUCAUAAUUUUCUUGCCACCGUCGUUGCUUCGUGCGUUACCAUCUUUGUCUACAUAUAUAUAAACCCUCUCCCUCUCUCUCCCCCCCCCUUCACUCUCUCAUCUCUCUCUCUCUACUGAUCAAGAGGAUAUAUUCAUUGAGUGCAGUUUGGUUGUGAUGGCUGAUGCAGAGGAUAUUCAACCACUUGUUGUUGACAAUGGAACUGGGAUGGUGAAGGCUGGCUUUGCCGGCGAUGAUGCGCCAAGGGCAGUGUUCCCUAGUAUAGUUGGUCGCCCUCGACAUACAGGUGUAAUGGUUGGAAUGGGCCAGAAAGAUGCUUAUGUUGGAGACGAAGCUCAAUCAAAGAGAGGUAUCCUUACUUUGAAGUACCCAAUUGAACAUGGCAUAGUUAAUAAUUGGGAUGAUAUGGAGAAGAUUUGGCACCAUACCUUCUACAACGAGCUUCGUGUUGGUCCAGAAGAGCAUCCAGUACUUCUCACUGAGGCGCCACUUAACCCCAAAGCAAAUAGAGAAAAAAUGACUCAAAUUAUGUUCGAGACUUUUGAUGUGCCAGCAAUGUAUGUUGCUAUCCAGGCUGUUCUUUCUCUAUAUGCAAGUGGUCGAACAACUGGUAUUGUGCUUGAUUCUGGUGAUGGAGUGAGUCACACAGUUCCAAUUUAUGAGGGAUAUGCUCUUCCCCAUGCCAUUCUUCGGUUGGAUCUUGCUGGUCGUGAUCUCACAAAUUAUCUCAUGAAAAUUCUUACUGAAAGAGGUUACAUGUUUACAACCACUGCAGAAAGGGAAAUCGUCCGGGACGUUAAGGAGAAGCUUGCCUAUGUUGCUAUUGACUUCGAGCAGGAGUUGGAAAUAGCUAGGAGCAGCUCCUCAGUCGAGAAGAGUUAUGAGCUUCCGGAUGGACAGGUGAUCACUAUUGGAGCUGAGAGGUUUCGUUGUCCAGAAGUCUUAUUCCAACCAUCACUGAUCGGAAUGGAAGUUGCAGGAGUCCAUGAAACGACCUAUAACUCAAUCAUGAAGUCUGAUGUUGACAUUAGGAGAGAUUUGUAUGGAAAUAUCGUUCUCAGUGGUGGAUCUACUAUGUUUCCUGGUAUUGCAGACCGAAUGAGAAAAGAAAUAGCUGCUCUUGCUCCUAGUAGUAUGAAGAUCAAAAUUGUGGCACCGCCUGAGAGAAAGUACAGUGUAUGGAUAGGGGGUUCGAUCCUGGCAUCUCUCAGUACUUUCCAGCAGAUGUGGAUCACCAAAGCAGAGUAUGAUGAAUCUGGUCCUUCAAUUGUUCACAGAAAAUGCUUUUAAGAUGGAUAGGAAAUGUUCCGGGUUCAGCAGGCCUUUGUUAACAUGUAAAAGCAAAGUUUAUCGUGUUUUGUCUCGCAAUUCUGUUUCAUGGGAUAUGCUUAAAGCAUGAUGCUCUCUGUGUUGAUGUAUAAUUAGACUUGGUUUUAGCAGUAACAUGUAAUCCGAAUGUUUAUGCUAUGUUAUGUGUGUCCAGAAUUUGUAAAAUAGUUGGACUCGAAUAAAGAUGGAGCCUGCAGAAAAUUUACAGAAUUCUCUGUGGACAUGGUUUGCAC